AUGCGCCUCAGCUCUGUCUUACUGGCACUCGUUGCCUCGGUCUGGGCGGCGACAGUUCGAGAGACCUUGCGACUCUCGUGGGAAGAUGGCGCACCGAACGGCCAAUCCCGGAAGAUGAUCUUCACCAAUGGCCAAUUCCCUGCGCCUCCGCUGAUACUCACUGAGGAUGACUAUGCAGAAAUAACUGUCGUCAAUGACAUGCCACGCAAUGUCACGAUCCAUUGGCACGGACUAGCCCAACCUGGCACUCCCUGGUCCGACGGAGUGCCAGGACUGUCGCAAAAGCCGAUACUGCCAGGCGAAGUGUUCGUGUAUCGCUUCAAGGCGACACCUGUGGGAACGCAUUGGUACCAUUCGCAUGAGCGCAUGUCCCUCACCGAUGGAUUGUACGGCGCCAUAUGGAUAAAGCCAAAGAAAGAUCCGACCGGGCUCUGGGCUCAGAUCAGCGAUGAUCCGAAAGACAUCAAGGCCAUGGCCAAAGCUGCAGCUAACCCGGAGCUGAUCGUCGUCUCGGAUUGGUCCAGAUACACGUCCGAGGAGUAUUGGAAAGCUAAUGAAGAAUCGGGGCUGCAGAUCUUCUGCCUAGACAGCAUUCUGAUCAAUGGCUUCGGCGAACUUUACUGUCCGCCUAUAGAGCUGCUCAUCAAUCAGACGCAGCCUGACAUUGCAAGAAUCGCAUUUCCCGAUACACACGUCUCCGAUAAAGGAUGCUUCCCUUUCCGAACACCGAUCCAAGGCGGACCCUGGAACUACACGGCACAACCCGAUCUCAUUCCUCCUCACAUGGUUGAUGGCUGCGUUCCGUCUACUGGGCGAAAUGCUACAUUUGUGGUCGACCCGGCCAAGCGCUGGGUGAGCCUGAACCUGAUCUCGGCCGCAACCGUCGCGCAGUUUGUUUUCGCGGUCGAUGGUCAUGACUUCUGGAUAUACGAAGUGGACGGCAAUUUUGUCACCCCGCGCAAGUUCGUCACCGCGACCAUGUCGGCAGGCGAGACGUACUCGGUCAUGAUGCGUCUGGACAAGCCUCCCGGCGUGUACAAGAUGCGCGUGCCAGAUUCCGGAGCCACGCAGGUCAUCUCCGCGUUUGCCGACCUUGUAUACAAGGGUGCGGAGCACAAACAGAGGACGGAGGCGACGCAAUACGUGACAUAUGGUGGCUUGUUCCCAUCUCUUGAGAUCAAGAACAACAGCUUCACGCCCUACGAGUUCGAGGGCGAUCAUAUGGCUCCGUGGCCCCCGAGCAUACACCCGCGACCCGGCCCCGCAGACGAGGAAUAUCUUCUCAUCAUGGGACGCCUCUAUAAUUCGACAAGCUACACAAUGAAUGCGACCUACAUGUACCCUAUCAACUUCCAGGCAGACCGCCCACUUCUUUUCUACCCAAAUGCCACCAUAGGUACGCCCGACGAAAACCUCGUCAUUCGCACAAAGAAUGGCUCCUGGGUCGACCUGAUCUUGCAAGUAUCCACUCUUCCAGGUGAUCUUGCCGCGUUUGAGCACUUCAUGCAUAAACACGGAAGCAAGACGUGGCGUGUGGGCUUUGGCCACGGCAUUUGGAACUACAGCAGCGUUGCGGAAGCCGUGGCAAAACGGCCCGAGGACUUUAACUUCGACAACCCGGGCUACAGAGACAGUUGGCUGACCCAGUUCUCUCCUGUCCCCGAAGGCGGAUAUUGGAGUGUGUUCCGCUAUCUGUCGGACAAUCCUGGCCCGUGGAUGUUUCACUGCCACAUUGAGCUGCAUCUCAUGGGCGGCAUGUCUGUUGCAAUUCUAGAUGGUGUCGAUGUCUGGCCGGACGUGCCGCCGGAGUACAGCUACCAAAUCGGCGGCGGGGGCUGUAAGAGGUGA